AAUACAAUAUUACUAAGAAUUAAAAUGUUGACACUACUUCUUUUAUCUCUGCCAAUAUUCCUAAUAUUUUUCUAUCUCCAAAAACACAAAACCAACCAUCAUCAUAAUCCACCAGGGCCUCAUGGGCUGCCGUUCAUCGGAAAUCUGCACCAAUUUGACGGCCGAAACCCUCAUACAUAUCUGUACAAUCUUUCGAAAAAAUACGGCCCGCUCAUGUUUAUGAAGCUCGGGUUCCGAAAAGUCAUGGUCGUUUCCUCAUCGAACACAGUGCAAGAAAUCAUGAAAUCCCACGACCUCGGCUUCUCGGGCCGGCCCGUUCUGGUCAGCCUGCAGAAGCUGUCGUACAACGGCAUGGACGUGGCCUUUUCGUCGUACAGCGACACGUGGAAGGAGAUGAAAAGGGUGUCCAAUCUCCAUCUUUUCAGCGUCAAGCAGGCCCGGUCUUUCCGGCCCGUUUUCCGAGAGGAAGUUUCUAGAAUGAUCCGGAAGAUAGCCGCGGACGCUUCCCUCUCUAGGGUUACCGACCUCAGUGAGUAUAUGCGUUCGUUUACUAGCAACGCGGUAUGUAGAGUGGCUUUUGGGAGGAGUUGCGGGGACGAGUUGACCGGGCUUCUCCGGGAAACUCAGUCCCUCUUGGCGGGCUUCUUUGUGGAGGAUUAUUUUCCUUUAUUGGGAUGGAUUGACAAGUUUUUCGGAAUGGGUAAAAGGCUUGAGAAGAAUUUCAGGGAGUUUGAUUCUUUAUAUGAAGAACUGAUUCAAGAACACUUGGAUUAUUCAAAUAGGCCUAAAUCAAUGGAAGGUGACAUUCUUGAUCUUUUACUUGGGAUCAGAAAGGAUGGAUCAUCUUCGGUUGAUAUUACUUUCGACCACAUCAAAGCACUCCUCAUGAAUAUAUUAACCGCCGGAACCGACACGACUUCAGCUCUUUUAGUAUGGGCUAUGACAGCCCUAAUCAAGAACCCUUUGAUAAUGAAGAAAGUGCAGACAGAGGUACGGCAAUUGGCAACAAUAGAUAAUAAAGAUUUAUUAGACGAAGACGACAUUUCAAAUCUUCCGUAUUUAAGGGCGGUCAUAAAAGAGACUUUCCGAUUAUAUCCACCUGCUCCACUUUUGUCUCCAAGAGAGACAAUCCAAAAAUGUCGCAUAAACGGUUACGAAAUCGAACCCGGAACUUUGGUGUACUUGAACGCAUGGGCUAUCGGAAGGGACCCGCAAACAUGGGAAAACCCUAACGAGUUCUUGCCCGAGAGAUUCUUGAAAUGUGACAUAGAUUUGAAGGGGAAGGAUCCCGAGUUGAUUCCGUUCGGGAUCGGGCGAAGGCGUUGCCCUGGAAUAUCGAUAGGGGUUGCGAAAAUAGAGAUUGCUUUGGCUAAUCUUUUGCGCAGUUUUGAUUGGGAAUUGCCUGUUGGGAUGAAGGAAGAGGAUAUUGAUUUUGAUGUGUUGCCUGGAAUGACUAUGCAUAAGAAGAAUGCAUUGUGUGUUGUGGCCAAACUUCAUAUGUAUUGAUAUAAUUAAUAUAUGUAAAAUAAGGUUGUGUGUGUGUGUGUUGUGCCAUAAUUUGCCAAUUGGUUUGCCGAGUUAUUUAUGGAAUUAAUUUCUAUA